AUGUCCGGCGACACGCACGACGGCCUGAUCGGCGCGGACGAGGCUCUGCGCGCAGCGGGCCUGCCCGACGCUGCGUCGCAGAAGGAGUGGGCGGACGUGUGCCGGACCGUCGCGCGCGAUGACGUCCCGCUCAUGUCCGGCGCGCGCACCGCGGGCGAGCCCGACUCGGAGCUCGUUGACGCCGCGGCAGCGCCGGGAGGCGACGCGGCGCGGGACGCGGGGGAGCCGGCGUUUGCGUUCGCGGGCGACGACGGCGAGGGGCACGACGCGCUCGACACGGACGUGGGGCCCGGUCUCGGCGGCCCCGGCGCGCCGACCGUCGCCAGCAUCGAGGCGCUCAUCCGCGGCCUCGAGGCGGCGCUCGGCGGGGGCGACGCCGGGGCCGCGGAGCCGCAGCGGGCGCCCGCGAAGACGGAACCUGCGCGGGACCCGAUGGUCGCGUUCCACCGGCUCCAGCCCGUGUGCGCGCGGCUGUUCGAGCAGGCCUGCGACGCGCGGGCGCUGGCGGGGACGCUCGAGGAGCUCGAGGGCCUCGUGCGGGACACGGACCGCGAGGACAUGCGCGCGCCGGGCGUCGCGGACUUCCUGAUGUGGCCGCUGCUGAUGAUGAUGGAGUCGGCCAGCGGCGCGGGGGGCGAGGCGGCCGCAGCGGGCGGAGCGGCGGACGCGGACGCGGACGGCCCGGCGUUCCCCGCGGCCGCGGCGUCGGAGCGCGUGGUCGAGCGCGUGCUGUCGUGCACGUGCGCGGCGCUGGAGCAGUGUCCCUGCGCGACGGGGGAGCAGCUGGUGGAGCUGCUGGGCCGCGCCGCGCCGCUGGCCGCUGCACCGUCGGCGGGCGAGGAAGCCGUGCUCGGCGCGCUCGAGUGCGUGCGGCUGGCGCUCGGCGGCGGCCCCGGUGCGGCGGACGACGUCGAGGACGACGGCGACGGCGCCGCGACGGCUGGCGCAGCGCGCAGCGACGGCGGCGCUGACGAGCUGGCGGGGCGACUGGCGGGGAUGCAGCUCGCGGAGAGUCCCGUCGAGACGCUGCGGGAGCCGGAGUCCGCGGGGCACCUCGGGGCGACGCUGGGCAACCUGCUCGCAGUUGCGCGCCGCGAGUGCGAGCGCGGGGCGCGGGGGAGCCCGGCGGUGCGGCUGGCGGCCGUGCGGGCCGUGCGGGCGCUGGUGUGCGCGGUCGCGGACGGCGACGCGCUCGCGCCGUUCCUCCCCGGGCUUGUGUCGGGCCUGGCCCGGUGCAUCGUGGCCUGCGUCGGGCAGGGGGGGCCUCCGCCCGAAGUGGGCGCGCUGGCCGCGGCGCGGCCGCUCGCAGAGACGGUGCUGGCGCUGAGCGACUCGGUCGUGCACGCCACGGCGGACGCGACCUUCCUGGACGGCACGGCGCGGCGCGCAGCAGACGCGCACUUUGGGGAGUCGGCGCCGACGGGCACGGGGGGGGUCAAGACCGCCGAGGACGCGAUGCAGCGCCUACAAGCAAUGGUGGGGCGCGCCCUGGCCGGGGACGCGGCCUCGAGCCGCAUGGACGAGGACGAAGCUGACGUCAGCUGGCCCAGCCGCAGCGCUGCGGCGCGGGACGGGCCGCCGGAGGACCCCGCGGACCUUCGCGUGGACCGCGACGUCGCGUGGGUCCGCGGCGCCGCGGAGAAGCUCUCGCGGCUCCUUCCGCGGCUGCUCCCGCCCCUGUGCAUGCACCCGAAGCCCUCAGUGCGCGCAGCGACGGCGGUCGCCGUGUCGCAGAUGCUCACGCGCUGCCCGCUGGCGCUCGCGCCGUGCGUGGCGACGCUGCUCGAGGCCUCUCUCGAGCUGUCCCGGGACCCCUGGGCGCGCGUCAGCGCCCCCGCGGUGGCGUGUCUGGAGCGCGUCGCCAUUGGCGAGGAACCCACGACAGCAGCGCGGCGCGGGGGCGACGACGGCGACGGCGCGUCUGUGCGUAGAGCGGACAGGCCUCGCAAGAGCCUGUCGGGGCGGCGCGGCGCGCUGGACGGCGAGGCGAGCGCGGCGCCGGAUUUGGCAGUUGCGCUGCUGGGGGGGGGGUCGGGGGCGGCGCUGGGCCUCGAGGACGGUCCGAUCGGCGUGGAGCCGCUCGAGCCGCUCUUCGGCGGGGCGUUCGAGGACGCGGACGGGCUGGGGAAGGAGGAUGGCGGGGCGUCGGACGCGCGGGGUGUGGAGAUGGAUGACACGGGCAGGGGGGUCGGUGCGAUCGAUACGGAGACGCUGGUGCGGUAUCUGGACGGCGACAGAAGCGUGGAUCCGUUCAGGCUCGCGUGGGGGGGCGCAGAUGGCGAGGAGCGCGAGGCGGGGGAGCUGGAGGCGGGCGAAGACGCGCAGGGGGGGUUGGCUCCUGUCAGGAUCCCGGGCCGGGCGCUGGAGCGGCUGCUUCUGGACCUCAUGGUCGACGGGCCCAAGGCCCUCAAGGCCGGGUCGGCGGAGUGCGCCGCGCACAUGGGCCGGCUCGCUGCCGCCAUCUCCGUCGCCGGGCCGGAGCGGACGUGCGCGGUGCUGAUCGCGUCCUCGCGCGGUCUCCCGGCGGUGGUCGACCUGGCCUGCCAGGCGUUCGCGCCGGACGCGGGCAGCGCGGCGCUCCUGCUGCACGCACGCGGCGACACGGGCGCGUGGACGGUGCUUGACGGCGAUGCCGCGGCACAGGCCGAACCAGCGCCGCUCCUGCCGCGCAUGUCCCCGGGGCUGCAGUACAUCACGAGCAAGGAGCUGUACGACGCCGUGGCUCUGGUGAUGCGCUGCCUCGGCCGCUGCGCCGCCGUCGGCGGAGCGACACACCCCCGGGGGCAUGCUGCAACGACCACCAGCGCUAGCGCGGCGACAAAAGCCUCGCUGGCGAUCCUCUGCGAGACCUUCCUCGAGAGGCUCACGGCCGCUAUACACACGCGCGCGCCAGGCCCCGGCGGCGCGCCGUGGCAGGCCAGCGCGGCCGCAGCAGCCAUGACCCUCUCGGAGGUCAUGUUCGGCGCUUCCGCGGCCUGGCAGCCGCCGGACGGCAUCCUGCAGCGCCUGCGCAUCGCGUCCCAGCAGCGGACUACCACGGACCGCCUCGUGGCCAUGGCAGAGCGCGCCGUCGAGGCCGCCACGGCGCCCGCUGUCCUGCGCCUUCACACCGCGCAGGGCGACGCCCACGAGCAGCACGCCGCGACGUUCUCGGAGCUCGGCCUUUCCGCGGCGCUCCUGCGCGCGUGUCUCGAGCUCACCGGCACGCUCGCUCGCGCGCUGCCCACCGCGUUCCCCGCGCGGGCGUCGCUGUUGGCGACAGUGCUUGUGCCGCUGCUUGAGCGCGCUGAGGACCCCGCGGGGGCCGUCGCGGCGGCCGCGGAGGCGGCGCUGGGCUCGGUGUGCGUGCACUGCGGGUUCGGGUCGCUCCGGCGGCUGCUGGCGGCGAACUCGGACCAUGUUGUCCGCGAGAUCUGCCAGCAGCUGCGGCACCUCGACGCGCACCCGCGCGCGCCACGGCUGCUCGCGAGUCUCCUGAGGCGCACGGGCGCGGCGCCGGACAUCCUCCCGCUCCUCGCGGAGCCCGCUGCGGCCGCCUUCAAGGGUCUGUCUGUGUGGGCGCGCAGGAACCAGGCCGCACAGGUCCGCCCGUUCCUCGCCGUGCUGGCCGAGAUGGCCAAGGGCGCCGCGGAGGAGGGCCGCAUCCUCGCGGACGACGCCGAGAGGUCGCGCGACGAGCACGCGUCGAAGGCGGCCGCGAGGAGCCACGCGGAAGACGCAGCGAUGGACGGGAGCGCGGCGCCGGGGACGACGCAACCGGUGGAAGUCCGGGAGUACUUCCUGGGCCGCAAGCGCGACCGCGACGCGGCCGACCCGGCGACGGACGCGGCCGAGGGGAGUGGCGAGUACACCCCCCCUCUGCCCGGCAUGUCCGCUGCACUGCGCGAGGAGAUCGCGCAGCGGCGGACGCGCGCGACGGCGUGCGCGUCGCUCUGCGGGCAGAUCGUGGAGUCCGCGUCGGACCUCGCGUCCAGCCCGGACGUCACCUCCGCGGUCACAGCGCUCUCGACGUGCACCGCCGCACUGCACGCGCUGGCCGGGGCGCAGCGCGCGCUCGCCGCCGACGCCGCGACCGUCGACGCGCUCCUCCCGGACCCGCACCCGCACCGCUCGGACCUCCUCGGCACCAGCGCGCGCCCCCCGCCGGAGCUCCUCCCCUCCGUGCACGCCGUCUGGUACCCCCUGGCCACGGUGCUGCGGGGACCGACCGACGGCCGCGCACCCGUGGUGGAGGCCGCCCUGGACGCGCUCGCGGACGUCGCGGUCAGCACAGACGGCUCGUUCCUCGCGCGGCGGGUCGCGACUGACGCGUGGCCCGCGAUCCGAGCGCUGCUGCUGUACGGCAGUGGGCUGGGGUCGGCCGGUGGGCCGCGGACGCUGACGACGGGGACGGCGCUGGAGGAGGAGGGCGCGCGGAGGAAGGGCGUCGCGGCGCUCGUGGACCCGUCGCUCGACAUGAGCGCGCAGGGUGUCGUGGCGCCCGCUGCGUCCGCGGCGGCGGUGGCGCGGGCGCAGCAGCAGCUGAUGGGGUUGCGGGCGGCGGCGGCGGGCGGGGCGCGCGCGAUCGAGGCGCCCGUCGAGACCGGCGCGCUCGCGACGACGGGCGCCGCGCGCGUGCGCUGUGCCGCCGCGCGGUGCCUCGCCACGAUGGCGCGAGCGCCCGAGGGCGCGCGGCGCUCAGGAUGGUCGGCGGCGACGCCCUCGACGCCGUCCUGCCGCUCACGGGCCCGAGCGGCGGCGCCGCGGCGUCCGCGGUGCGCGAGGCAGCGGUGCAGGCCGCGCACGCGCUCUCCGCGAUGGACCCGGACGCCGCGUGGGUGGUGUUGA